UGUUUUUGGGGUUCUGGGUAGGUGUGGGGAGGCCUGGUUUUGGGGACCAUGGGGGCUCUUGCGGUCUGAGACUCCAUCACGGUGACCUCCCGUGCCCAAGAGCUCCAUAAGGGCAGGGUUUGUGGAAGGAAGGAGUGGGUGACCAGGAAUGGGGGCUUGGGCUCCAGGGACCGCCGUGGCGAGGGACUCCGAGCCCCCGUGUGGGUGCAGGUCCAGAAGCCGGGGCUGUGGUUGGUUGGGGAGGCCGGGUGGGGCUGCUUCCCCUGCAGAAGGGCUCUUCCGGGCUUUUGGCGCGGCUUCACGAGGCAGUCUGGGUAUUGUUACCCAGACUUCGUCUCUCCUGCCCCCUUGGCCUGGAUCGGGUUCUCAGGAAGUCUCAGGGAAGUGAGGGUCUCAGUGCCUUGGCUUGGGGCUGGGCUCCUUGUGAGCUGGUGUCAUGGAGGCCAAACUGGGGGCCCCUGGGCCAGGUGGUGGCUUCAGGCUUGCCACUGGGACAGGAGGCCAGGCUAGGCAGUGACGCCUCACUGCGCUCUGUGGGUGGCCUGCUGAGCUCUGGGUGGGAGAGGCCUCUCCCACUGAUCUCUCUGUGACUGACUUCUCUGCUGGUCUGAGUGGGAAGGGACUGCAGAAAUCCUGGAGGCCUUUUCUGCCCUGGAGGAGUCAGGCCUAGAGAGGGUGAAGAAGUGCCUGAGUCACACAGCUGGUGACAGGGAGAGCUGGAACUGUACCUGACAUCACCUGAUAUUCAGGCCAUGGCUCUAUUCCCUGCACUGCCUUACCUGUGGCAGAUGGGGAAACUGAGGCAGGUGGGUCAGUCACUCCUCUGCAUUGCUGGGAAAGGCAGGAAAUUUGACAGGAGCCAUUUGCCGGGUUGGUACUUGGAGCUCUUUUCCUGCUUGCUUUCCCCCGGGGCAAGAUGCUUCUCAGCUGAAAACUGCCUGGGGAGGGCACUGUUGGGACCGUGAGCACCCGAGAGCCCGGUUCUUUCACUCAGGCCUCUCCUCUCACCUCCACCCGGGAGGCCAAGCUCAGGGUGGGCGUCUUGGACCGCAGGCAGGUGCAUGGGCUGGCCCUCCUGGCACCUGCAACCCCCAUGUGCCCAGCUAGCCCAACCUGGGGUCAGGUGGAGGUGGGUAAGUGGGGGCCCCCAGCCUUAAGGAGCUUUACAGGUUGUAAUCAAUUAAGGGAGGCCAAUGGGCUCUACAGAGCACAGCUGCCCAGGGAGGUGUCUUCGGGUAGGAGUUCCUAGGUGGGUCCUGGAGACUCCAGAAUCAGCAUUUCCCAAAGGAGGUUCAUUAGGGAUUCAAUACAAAAAGAGUCUCAUUAACAUAAAGGAUGGGGAAAUGCUCCGCUGCAUUUGAUUCCGGACUUCUUUCCUGCAGGACUUGUCAGAGCCUUUAAUUUGCUAAUGUGUAUGGGGGAUCUUUAAAUGGGGAAGAGGAGAAGGUUGAGCUCAGCACCAUCUGUGACCAGAAACGGCUGUGGAUGUGUAUGGCUGUGUGUGUGUAGCUUUUCAUGGCCCUGAUUUUGGGCAGAAUGCACCUUAGGAGAUAGAGAGUGAAUCUGCACUGGGCCUUGAAGGGUGGCAGGCCUGGGUUCAAAUCCUAGCUCCAUUGCUUCCCAGCCGGUGGGCUCUGUGCUUGGAGGUUAAGGUUGCAGAGUCAGUUGCCCUGGUUAGAAAUAGAGCUCCCCCACCCGCCACCCUUGGGGAGUCAGGGGGACUGGUCUCAUCCCAGCCUCUUUGUGGUUCUCUGCAGGUUCUCAGAGGAGACGGCUAGCCAGGUGGUGGUUGGCCUAGCUUGUCUCCAAACUGGGCUCAGAGGUUGCAGAGCUCAUCUUGAGGCCUGGGUACUGUGCUCUCUCCUGCCAGUGGGCCUGGAAGGCUUGGGCCGAGGACCCGACGUUGCCUGGGAUGUCACCUGCUGGAGUGCAGUGGAACAAUCAUCACUCGCUGCAGACUUGACCUGAACUCAAGAGGUCCUUCUGCCUCAGCCUCCUAAGUUGCUGGAUCUGCAGGUCAAGUUCUGGUCUCUGCAGAGUAACCGUGUGUGGAGUCAGCCCAGUUUGGAUGCACAGGAGGAUGCCAGCGGCACAGUGAGCGAGGCCUGGCACCGGAGCUGUGCAGACCUCUCAUUGGCCAUGGAGCAGCAGGCCCAGGGGCCCCCUCCCCAGCCCCGCUUGCCGGCCUUGGAGAGGCCAGAGGCAUAGGCCCACUGGGAGGCUGUUGGCAGACAGAUGCCCUCCAGGCCCUGGGGCCUCCUUAACAGCCGGUGGACACGUUUGCUGACGGUGGAGAAUGCCGGCCAAGGGCCGAUACUUCCUCAACGAGGGUGAGGAGGGCCCUGACCAAGAUGCACUCUACGAGAAGUACCGGCUCACCAGCCAGCACGGGCCGCUGCUGCUCACGCUCCUGCUGGUGGCCGUCAUCGCCUGCCUGGCCCUGAUUAUCAUCGCCUUCAGCCACGGGGACCCCUCCAGACACCAGGCCGUUCUGGGCACGGCGUUCCUGGUGCUGGCGGUGUUUUUGGCCCUCUCCGUGCUGGUGUAUGUCGAGUGUCUCCUGCGGCGCUGGCUCAGGGCCUUGGCGCUGCUCACCUGGGCCUGCCUGAUGGUCCUGGGCUACGUGCUGGUGUUCGACGCGUGGACGAAGGCGGCCUGUUCGUGGGAGCAGGUGCCCUUCUUCCUGUUCAUCGUCUUCGUGGUGUACACGCUGCUGCCCUUCAGCAUGCGGGGGGCUGUGGCCGUGGGAGUCAUCUCCACCGCCUCCCACCUCCUGGUGCUCUCCACUCUGAUGGGAGGCUUCACGACACCCAGCAUCCGGGUGGGGCUACAGCUGCUGGCCAAUGUGAUCAUCUUCCUAUGCGGGAACCUGACUGGUGCCUUCCACAAGAACCAGAUGCAGGAUGCGUCCCGGGACCUCUUCACCUACACUGUGAAGUGCAUCCAGAUCCGCCGGAAGCUGCGCAUUGAGAAGCGCCAGCAGGAGAACCUGCUGCUGUCGGUGCUCCCGGCCCACAUCUCCAUGGGCAUGAAGCUGGCCAUCAUCGAGCGACUCAAGGAGCAUGGCGACCGCCGCUGUGUGCCGGACAACAACUUCCACAGCCUCUAUGUCAAGCGGCACCAGAACGUCAGCAUCCUCUAUGCGGACAUCGUGGGCUUCACGCGGCUGGCCAGCGACUGCUCCCCCAAGGAACUGGUGGUGGUGCUGAACGAGCUCUUUGGCAAGUUCGACCAGAUCGCCAAGGCCAAUGAGUGCAUGCGGAUCAAGAUCCUCGGCGACUGCUACUACUGUGUGUCGGGCCUGCCCGUGUCGCUGCCCACCCACGCCCGGAACUGCGUGAAGAUGGGGCUGGACAUGUGCGAGGCCAUCAAGCAGGUGCGGGAGGCCACAGGCGUGGACAUCAACAUGCGUGUGGGCAUACACUCUGGGAACGUGCUGUGCGGGGUCAUCGGGCUGCGCAAGUGGCAGUAUGACGUGUGGUCCCAUGACGUGUCCCUGGCCAACCGGAUGGAGGCAGCUGGAGUCCCCGGCCGGGUGCACAUCACGGAGGCGACGCUGAAGCACCUGGACAAGGCGUACGAGGUGGAGGAUGGGCACGGGCAGCAGCGGGACCCCUACCUCAAGGAGAUGAACAUCCGCACCUACCUGGUCAUCGACCCCCGGAGCCAGCAGCCACCCCCGCCGAGGCAACACCCCCCCAGGUCCAAGGGGGACGCAGCCCUGAAGAUGCGGGCGUCAGUGCGCAUGACCCGUUACCUCGAGUCCUGGGGGGCAGCUCGGCCCUUUGCGCACCUCAACCAUCGUGAGAGUGUGAGCAGUGGCGAGACUCCCAUCCCUAAUGGGCAGAGGCCCAAGAGCAUUCCCCAUCGCCACCGCCGGACCCCUGACAGGAGCAUGACCCCCAGGGGGCGGUUGGAGGAUGACUCAUAUGACGAGAUGCUGUCAGCCAUCGAGGGGCUCAGCUCCACGAGGCCCUGCUGCUCCAAGUCUGACGACUUCUACACCUUUGGGUCCAUCUUCCUGGAGAAGGGCUUUGAGCGCGAGUACCGCCUAGCGCCCAUCCCCCGGGCCCGCCACCACUUCGCCUGCGCAAGCCUGAUCUUCAUCUGCAUUCUGCUUGUCCAUGUCCUGCUCAUGCCCAGGACGGUGGCUCUGGGUGUGUCCUUCGGGCUGGUGGCCUGUGUGCUGGGGCUGGUGCUAGGCCUCUGCUUUGCCGCUGAGUUCUCGAGGUGCUGCCCAGCCCGGGGGAUGCUCUGCACUAUCUCCAAGAGGGUGGAGAUGCAGCCCCUACUGAGGCUGACCCUGGCCGUCCUGACCAUCGGCAGCCUGCUCACUGUGGCCAUCGUCAACCUGCCCCUGAUGCCUUUCCCAGUCCCAGAGCUGCCUUUCGGCAACGAGACAGGCCUGUUGGCCAUGAGCAGCAAGGCAAGGGCCCUGUGCGAGCCCCUCCCGUACUACACCUGCAGCUGCAUCCUGGGCUUCAUCGCCUGCUCCGUCUUCCUGCGGAUGAGCCUGGAGCCAAAGGUCGUGAUGCUGACAGUGGCCCUGGUGGCCUACCUGGUGCUCUUCAACCUCUCCCCGUGCUGGCAGUGGGACGGCUCCAGCCAAGGCCUGGGCAACCUCACCGAGCCCAAUGGCACCACCAGCGGCACCCCUAGCUGUUCCUGGAGGGACCUGAAGACCAUGAUCAAUUUCUACCUGGUCCUGUUCUACAUCACCCUGCUCACGCUCUCCAGACAGAUUGACUAUUACUGCCGCCUGGACUGCCUAUGGAAGAAGAAGUUCAAGAAGGAGCACGAGGAGUUUGAGACCAUGGAGAACGUGAAUCGCCUUCUUCUGGAGAACGUCCUGCCAGCCCAUGUGGCCGCCCACUUCAUCGGUGACAAGUUAAAUGAGGACUGGUACCAUCAGUCGUAUGACUGCGUCUGUGUCAUGUUUGCCUCUGUGCCAGACUUCAAAGUGUUCUACACGGAGUGCGACGUCAACAAGGAAGGGCUGGAGUGCCUUCGCCUGCUCAACGAGAUCAUUGCCGACUUUGACGAGCUCCUGCUGAAGCCCAAGUUCAGUGGCGUGGAGAAAAUCAAGACCAUCGGCAGCACAUACAUGGCAGCUGCAGGGCUCAGCAUCACCUCGGGGCACGAGAACCAGGAGCUGGAGCGGCAGCACGCCCACAUUGGCGUCAUGGUGGAGUUCAGCAUCGCCUUGAUGAGCAAGCUGGACGGCAUCAACAGGCACUCCUUCAAUUCCUUCCGCCUCCGCGUUGGCAUAAACCAUGGGCCUGUGAUUGCUGGAGUGAUUGGGGCCCGAAAACCUCAGUAUGACAUCUGGGGAAACACGGUCAACGUGGCCAGCCGAAUGGAGAGCACUGGAGAACUUGGGAAAAUCCAGGUUACUGAGGAGACCUGCACCAUCCUCCAGGGCCUCGGGUACUCAUGUGAAUGUCGUGGCCUGAUCAACGUCAAAGGCAAAGGCGAGCUGAGGACUUACUUUGUCUGUACGGACACUGCCAAGUUUCAGGGGCUGGGGCUGAACUGAGGGCUCCUGCUAGAUUCCGAGCAGUCUGGGAAGUCAAUCUCCUUCCCUGAAGCAAGCCAGAAGACUCCGCCCCAUGUCAAUCCCAAAGGCACUCAGAGGGUGUGGUCACCUCCCAGCAGAUGGCUGUGCAUGUUGGCUUCUUUGGACCUGUGCUGGAGGAUUUCUCAGACACAUGCACCAGAUUCUGGCUCGAAGCAGCCACUGAGCCAUAACGCUCAGCGGCAACCAGAAACUCUGUGCCUGGUCUAACAGCUUCCAGGUUAGUUAGCUCUUAAGCCCAAGUUCCCUCUUCCAGAAGAAUGUUCACUGGUUCAGGGCUGAGAUCUUUGUUCCCUGAGGUGCUACAGAGGCGACUUUAGCACAUGAUGAAAACAGACACCCACACGUCGGUGGCCUGUGAGCAUGCACAAGUGGGGUGGUCUGUUUUUCUAGACACCAAGGAGGAGUAAGCUGAGCUGUCUAGCAUGGACUGGAGACUCCCUCUCCCUGGUGGGCUGGGCAGUGAGAGUGUUGCUCAGAAGCAUUCUGGUAAAGGAAGCUGAAAGGGGCGUUUUACAUCUGUAAAGCGUUUCAAACAGUAGAGAGAAAAACACCAUAAUUAACACUGUUACUUUUUGCCUUGUCUGGCAUGUUUGUUUAAAAUGGAUAUAUUAAUGGGGGUUUUA